CUCGCGGCCCUCGUCCCGACGGACGGAAGGCAGGCACUGCGCCGCCUCGCCGCCCCGCACGCCGCCACUGCUCGCCCACUGCCCUGCGCCCGCCGCCUCGACGCUCCCGCUGCCCUGAGCCCGCCGACACUACUGCUCCGCCGCCGCGUGGCUGCUGCUUCUCCGCCGCUGCUCGCACCGCAGGCUGCCCCUCCUGUUCCCCAAUUUCUCUGUCCAGAUUCAGGCUUGAUCUUGACUGUAAAUAUGGAUCUUGCUCCUUUCAAGCUGGAUAUCAGUGAGCUAAUAGCUGAUUAUGCCAAGGAAAAUUACACGGCAUUUACUGACUUCAAGAGAGUGUGGACAGCAAAGAAAUUUUCUUACAUUUAUGAAGGCAGACCCAAGACGAACUCAGGAGUUUUCAUGCAGUCCCUCUUUUUGCAUUGUAUUGGCCAUAUGACUUCGCAAAGUUCUCUAUCACAGAAAUUGGCUGGGCUUUAUUGUCUUUACUGUCUCUACGAGUGCCAACCAUACAAGCCACAUUUCAAAAUUUAUCUGUCUCUCGAGGAGUCCAAGAAACUCAAAGACUUUGUAGUUGAAGCUAAGCAAAAUGGAGUGGGUUUCGUACCAGCACUUGUUAAAAGGAUGCUGGACAAAGGCAUGUUUUUGUUUGGAUUUGUCAAUUUGCUUGGUGUCCAUGGGGCUAAGCAGGUUGAUGAGUUGAAUGAAUCCCAGAACAAACGGGUGAAAUAUGCUUGUGACAAGUAUGUUAUUAACUUCUGUACUAUCUGUCUGACCUUCGUCGUUAGCAUGUUGUUUGCAAAUACUCAAAUAGAGAGUUAUAUGCGCACAGACUUGGGUGAGGAGUUCGAAGUCGAUAACAUCAAGAAAUUGUCAAUGGACUAUGCUAAAGCCAAGGAAUUAGCCUUUGCAGAGGCAAGUGAAACUGUUGAUGUGGAAGAUGCCAAGCACAUUCUGCAGAAUGGCAAACUGCUAGGUGACAGGGUAGAGGAAAUUGUCAAAGAGUGGGAUGCCCAGAAGGAAGAGUUCUAUGAAAAAACUGGUGUAUCUUGCCACUAUGAACUGGCAGUGGUUGAGAAUGAAGAUCCAGGAGAGUUCCAUGACGACAACUAUGGCUUUGAUGAGUUAGAACAGCUGUUGCUUGAGUGAGCAUGGAGUAUCGACCAGGCCCUGAAUAACUGAAGAACUGCUCGUACUCCUGCUCACUGGAUUGCGACAUGAAAUCGUCUGGCUGACUGAAUUCUUCCAAGUGUUUUUUAUCCGUGAUCUUUCGGGUUUCCUACACCAAAUAUAUAUGUAAUAUGCGGCAAACAGAACUUUGCAUAUGAUUAUACUUUGGUUGGAUGAGUGUUGCCUCACCCCAUGUACAUGUUGGAUUUCCUAAUCAGUAAUGUAGCAUUUAUGUAUUCUUCCGUCUA